UCUCAUUUCAAGUUUACAAACACGUCCUCUGUUGUGACCGCUGCCACUGGCUGUUUCCUCACCACCUCUCCCCUCCCUCCUCACCGACCAGCUCUCUCCCCUCCACCUCUGCGCGCUCCUCCUUCCUCACCAUGGCCACCUUUGCCUCGUUGCCACUGCGCGGCGCCUUGCCACCAGAUCUCGGUGUUCAGAACCACACCUCUCCCGCCGCCGCCACCGCAACCCCCUCCUUCAAACCCACUUUCGCCUCCCUCCCCCUCUCGGUCCAAACAUGGGCGGUGCAAAUGGUCGUCUUCCACGCCGUCGGCCUCCUCUUUGAACUGAUGGACCGCCUCCACCUCUUCCCCUCCACAAAAGUCCGCCGCACCCGCAAAAGCCAAUAUACACACCUCCUCCCGACCGUGCUGCGCAACCAGAUCCUCCUCCUCCUUCCGAGCAUGUAUGCGUGCGAGCUCGCCGGGCUAGCCUUCGUCGGCGGCAGCCUGCACCCGCUGCGCUUCCUCGCCAACCUGCCUCUCAUGGCGCUCGGGCACGAGAUCGUGCAGUACUGCGGGCACCGGUACCUCCUGCACGCGCCGUCGGUGUGGCUGAUGCAGCUGCUCCGCCACUCGGUGCACCACAGCACGCGCGCGUCCUCGGCCAUCUCGGCAUGCUACAUGUCCGCAGUGGACUUUUUCAUCGAGAUCGUGUGUCCCUACCUCCUGCCCUUGGCCGCAGUGGGCGGCGGUGGCGGCGGCGCCGCGUUCCACUUCCUGGUCGCGGGCGCGGGCGCCGUCGGCGGACUGUACGAGCACUCGGGGUACGACUUUGCCACGCUCUUCCGCCCGGCGUUUGAGAAUGUCGGCGAGAAGCCGCUCUCGCCGGCGGAGAAGGAGGCCGCGUACAAGCAGAUCGAGGAGGAGGAGCGCGGGCCGAUCCGCAAGUUCGUCACGGCGUGGCUCGCCGACUUCCUCGACAACCGUGCGCAUCUCGAGCACCAUACCCGCGGAUACGUCAGUUUCUCGGACGGCUUCGGAUCGCCAGGUAUCCUCGACACGCUACUCCGCACGAGGUGGGACCUGAGCGAGCGGCGCCGCGCAGACGUCGAGCGCGAGUGGGCACGCCAGCGCCAGUAGGCGGGAGAUAGAUAGUUAGAGUCGUAUAAUGCUUAUGAAUGGAUGCAUUCCGCAAUCCGAGAA